AGCCAGCGCCGCUGUAACCCUGUGCACCGGCGGGUCGCCCGCUCCUGCCCCUUUCAAUCUGCGCCGACGCGGCGGCGCGAUCCCGGGGACUCCCCGCGCCGGGAAUCUCCCGCCAGCUGCGCGCUGCGUCCCGGCGACGGCAGGAGCACGUGGAGCGGCCGGGUAGCCAGAGCGGCAGCUCCAGCCCAACCCAGCCCGGCAGCGAGAUGGAAGAUAUAAAACCAAAUGUGGAACUGAAAAGCACUCAGGAACAGCCUGUGCCCACAGAAGGUCCAGUGAUUUUGAAUGACUACGAUUUAACCAAACCUCAUGAAACAGAAAAUGCAGACAGUGUGGAAGGCCCAACCAAUGAAGAUGAAGAUAUAGGAGAUGAUUCAAUGAAAGUGAAAGAUGAAUACAGUGAAAGGGAUGAGAAUAUUUUAAAGCCAGAGCCCAUGGGAAAUGCAGAAGAGCCUGAAAUUCCAUACAGCUUUUCAAGAGAAUAUAAUGAAUAUGAAAACAUUAAGUUGGAAAGACAUGUUGUCUCGUAUGAUAGUAGCAGGCCAACCAGUGGCAAGAUGAACUGCGAUGUGUGUGGACUCUCCUGCAUUAGCUUCAAUGUCUUAAUGGUUCAUAAGCGGAGCCAUACUGGUGAACGCCCAUUCCAGUGUAAUCAGUGUGGGGCAUCUUUUACUCAGAAAGGUAACCUCCUCCGCCACAUUAAACUGCACACAGGGGAAAAACCUUUUAAGUGUCACCUCUGCAACUACGCAUGCCAGAGAAGAGACGCACUCACAGGUCACCUUAGGACACAUUCUGUCGAGAAACCCUAUAAAUGUGAGUUUUGUGGAAGGAGCUACAAGCAGAGAAGUUCCCUUGAGGAGCACAAGGAGCGCUGCCGUACAUUUCUUCAGAGCACGGACCUGGGUGAGACUGCAAGUGCGGAGGCAAGACACAUCAAAGCAGAGAUGGGAAGUGAAAGAGCUCUCGUUCUGGACAGAUUAGCAAGCAAUGUGGCAAAACGAAAAAGCUCAAUGCCUCAGAAAUUCAUUGGUGAGAAGCGCCACUGUUUUGACGUCAACUAUAAUCCCGGCUAUAUGUACGAGAAAGAGAGUGAGAUGAUACAGACCCGGAUGAUGGACCAAGCCAUCAAUAAUGCCAUCAGCUAUCUCGGUGCAGAAGCCCUGCGCCCCUUAGUCCAGACACCACCUGCUCCCACCUCUGAGAUGGUUCCAGUUAUCAGCAGCAUGUAUCCCAUAGCCCUCACCCGUGCGGAGAUGCCAAAUGGUGCCCCCCAGGACCUGGAAAAGAAGAAUAUCCACCUGCCAGAGAAGAGCCUGCCUUCUGAAAGAGGCCUCUCCCCCAACAAUAGUGGCCAUGACUCCACAGACACUGAUAGCAACCAUGAAGAACGCCAGAAUCACAUCUACCAGCAAAAUCACAUGGUCCCUCCCCGGGUCCGCAAUGGGAUGCCACUUCUGAAGGAAAUCCCCCGCUCUUAUGAACUCCUCAAGCCCCCACCCAUCUGUCCAAGAGACUCCAUCAAAGUGAUCAACAAAGAAGGGGAGGUGAUGGAUGUGUAUCGAUGUGACCACUGUCGAGUCCUCUUCCUGGAUUAUGUGAUGUUCACUAUUCACAUGGGUUGCCAUGGCUUUCGUGACCCUUUUGAGUGUAACAUGUGUGGAUAUCGAAGCCAUGAUCGGUAUGAGUUCUCAUCUCACAUAGCCAGAGGAGAGCACAGAGCCAUGCUGAAGUGAACAUCUGGUCUCCAAGAUGAUUUACGCCUGAGCAUUCAACAUAAUUUGUAAAAACCGACACCCCACCUAACGAAUUAUUCUCCAAACUCAUUUCCAAACUCCCUUCCAUACCAUUUUUAGUGUCCAAAGAGUCAUGUUCACAUGGGCAACAGGGAAAUGCUGUCUUCAUUCAGAAAUUGUUUGCAGAUAAUAUCAUGUUAUCAUUUUUGUUAAACCUUUGUUUUCUCAUUAGGGACUUGAAUUUUUAUGAUAUUUAAAAGCCAGUGAAGUAUUUGGUCAUUAUCUUUUGCAGCAAUGGAACAAGCAGUCCUUGGAGUUUGUUACCAUUCAAAAGAAUCCCCCAGUUGUGCUGCAAGAGACAUUCUUUCUGAGACACACAGAUACAUCAGCCAUAUGUGGAAAAGCAUUUUGGUCAUCUGCCUAGGUCCACAAAGAAGAAGAGCUCACCAGCUAACCUGGCUCGGAAGCCAUGCCCUUCUGUACUUAACACAGGCUGAAAGUCUAGGAUAUAGUCUCCUCAUCCCAAAUUAUACUCUAAUGGUAAGGAAAAGAACAGCCAUAAAACAAGUAUCUGUUACCAGUAACUGAAGACUGAAGUCUCUAGGCAGCAGACCCAUUUCUUAGCACACAAGGGGAAAAAAAUCAAGUCAUCCAAUGAUACUUCUGCCUCUACCAUUUAACCUUCCCAUCAUCGAUUAAAAGUUGCUUUGGUUUAAACCAGCCAUGAAUAGGAGAAAUUCUAUAUCAGAAGAACGGAUGGCUUUAAACAUAGACCAUGAUUGAAACUCCAGGAAGUUGUCAGCUUUGGACGAUGGCAUCCAUUUCCUAUGAUCAAGACUGGCAGAACUGGGCUCUGAGGGGGAAACGGUUCAGAAGCACCAUGGGGCAGUGAGGGGGGUGGGUAGUUACCUAAAAGUUCUUGGUCUCCUUCAUGGAGCAUUAGUGUACAGACACUUACCAAUGAUUUCUUUUUUUUGACAAAACACCACCAAAGAAUCCAAAAUGAGUGACUUAGUCUCCCCCUCCCCACAGGAGAGGAAUCAGGGACAGAUGUCAUGUGUGUUGUUUGGGUCUUUGAUGAGCUUCCUGACGGGGUGAGGAGAGGCAACUCUGCUGACAGGUUCUCCUUGAUCAAGCAGGGUGGGUUUCUCUCUCCAUUUUAAGUGGAGCUGCUGUAUGCCACGAAAACUCCUGAAAGAUCUUGAUUCUGCACAUGUAUCGGUCAGCUUUGUCAUCUGUUAUGGGAAAUACGCUAUCAAGGGAGAGUUCAGGGAUAACUGUAAAAUUAGUAUUGCAAUAGGGGUCACGAAAUCUGUUUGUGAAUUCCAUAUUGGCUGCUAAUUAGCUGUAUGACUUUGGGCAAAUCACUUAACUCUUAAAACUAAGUUUCUUCAACCAUAAAGUAGCAGUUGGGUUUAUACAUUCUCUAAGGUCCCUUCCAGCUUUAAAUGUAUGCGAUUAUGCUGUAACCACAGUUACUUUUUAGACCUCUUAAUGCAUGGGUAUUAAGCAGAAGAGUAUGUAUAUGAAUAUCUGUUUCACAUUGCUUUGGUGUGAAAAUGGUAGUGUUGUUAAAUUUUUCCUUUGACCACUGAGUUGUGAAUGUGAAGAGGAUGGUGGGGAGGAACAAAAAACAGGAAGGUAUUUUGAUCUUGCCCCAAAGUAUAUACACAAAGUGGCACCUGCAGCUGCUUGCCAAAGCCUUUUUUUCUCUCUCUCUCUCCUUUUUAAGAACUGGUGUUAGCGAAAAUAAAUUCUGCUUCCAGGGACAACUUCAUGGAGCCUAGUUACACAUUAAGAGUCAGCUUUGUGCACCUUUCUACCAGAGCCAAGAAUCCCCAAUUCCUGGUAGAUUAGUGUUUUAUGUAUCUGCCUUGAUAUUUCGAAAGGGCUUAGGCAUUAGACUUCAACUCAACUAAUUUAUGUGCUGCCAGUAAUUAAAAUGUUCCACCUCAGACUGCA